AUGGCUAGCGCUGUCUACAGCGCCUACAUAGAUGGGAGCUCGGAGAGCUGCCCGAAUCCAGCGGAAGCGAAGCUGACGGCAGUCAGUGGCCUCAUUGCUCAGGCAUUUGCCGAGAAAGCCGGCCUAAACGAUGGCCGCAGAAGCUGCUUCGAGCGAUUGGUAUAUGAAAUCACCGUGAGGUACAUCACGCCUCCCGUUCAAAUAGCCCCAAUCUACCCUCCGGCGCCGACAGUUCCGCCAUGUCUGUUGCCGCAU